AUGGGAACACGGGAGAACAAAGAGAAUACAGUUUGGUCGGAAGCCAAUGCGCCUGUGACUCCUACACAUCUAUUGAGCCGGUCUCAAUCCUCCUUUCUCAAGAAUGUCAAGAAAUCACCCCAACGCAGCGAAGCUCCCAGAAGACCACUUGCAAGCAAAGACAACAAUCGCGCGGCGAGCUUUCUCUCGCAGAAGGAACAAGUCCGCAAGAAAAGAACACGGCCGGCCGUCAACCAUGCCGGAAGCUUCGUUGGCCAGACGCGUCCCGGUCACGUGCCGACCUUAAAUACGACUGGAGCACCUCGUCUAAAGAGUCUAGUGUUGAAGGAUGCGCAGGAAGAUGGAGGUUUUCCGGAAGAGCAAAGCGAAGAGUCCGAUGGUGUGGAAGAUCUGGAACUGAACCCAUUGGCCGCGAGACUCCGUGGAAAACUUGCGGCACGUGAAGGGAAAUCGCAACUACAUCAAGCAGACCGUGGAGGAAGUGGUGAAGACGCGCACGAGGGGGAAAUGGGUCUUCUGGGCCACCUUGUGGGUGGUGGAGGUGGUCUCAAGGGUCUUCUAAGUGCCAAGCCCGAACUUCGUCCCGCAUUGGCCGUUUCCGAUAGUGACGGUAGCGAUCUCGAAGUGGAAACCAUACCGCACAGGCCAGAACCCUUGCCUUAUGUUCCUAGUGGCUACACGCCUUUUACGGAUGAGGCCAUCGCUAAAUUACAGUCUCCAACUAAUCUAGCACUGCGGCUCACCUUCAGCGACGAGGAACAUGAGGAGGAGACAGAAAACGUCUUGAGCAAAAGUGGCCCUUCUGAACCCUUGCAAUUACUCGCCUUAGACAUUGAGAACAGUGAGGAUGAAGGUGAUAACGACAUUCAUGAUCGCAAAAGGUCUCACAUGCCAGGGUUGGCCCCUCUGCGGCCUUCAAUGUCACCAGCACAGGACACAGAUAACAAUUAUGCAUUUGAAUUAGAGCCUUCUUACUCUGGUAACGGUCUCACCGUCAAGGAACUUGAAGCACUCUUAGAGUAG